AUGCGAAGGAUUAAUGGCCUGCUCUGGAAGGAGGCGAUCGUCGAACGGACUCUGCCUGCCAGUCAGCAGACGGACAGACUCGGACCAUUGCACAGAGCGUGCGAACUCACGAACAGACCAUCGGGAAGGGCAGACUGGGCUAUCGACAGGCGGCGAGCCUCCGCACCCCGUCCCGCCGUCCGGGCGGAGUUCCGUCUGCACUGCCGUCCGAACGACACCGUGGUCGCAAUCUGCAGUGCUAUCAACAGCCGUAACACGAUGGCCGCCGCCACCCAGGAUGCCGCCGACCCGCUGCUCUAUCGCCUUCCCGAGUUCCCAUCAGACGACCUAAAUAUUCAUAAAUCACUUGCGAGCAGCGAACAGACGGAGCGUCUUCGAAUGUUGGAUGUAGAAGUUUCGAGCACGCACGACUGCUCGAAUAUGAAUUUAAUGACUCGAUCUGAUGCGGAGCGUGUUUGUGGCAUUCUGCGCAUAGAGAGCGACUGUUCUUCUGGAAAUGAACGAGCUGUCGAGGAAUCGGAUCGAUUAUCUGUGCAGCACAAUAUGUUCGGUACGGUGAAGGGUUGGGUUUAUCCGUCCCGAAAAGGCGGACGAAGUGUGAGGUGCGAGAAAUGCCAGUGCUUCUUUACGCCAGCGGAUUUCGUUGCUCAUUCACAUAACGCGGAUAAGGAAUAUAGGCGAACUGUACACUGGGGAUUUGAUCCAUCAAACUGGCGUCUCAUGUUGGAAUUGGUGAAGCCUUCUUCUGAAUAUAGUAUCAAUGUAAUACGAUGGAAAGAAUUCAUUGAUGAGCCUGUUGAAGCGUCUCAUUGUCUAGCGGGCUGUGAAACUUCGACUGGAAAUUCGACUAACAAGUUUAAGCGAUCAUUGGUAGACAACUCUGUGGCGCUUGAAGAGAAGGCGUUUGAAACCAGCGGCGUUCAGAAUUUGUUCAAAUUGGUAAACUGCUAA